AAUUAACUGAUAUUUAAAAAUUAGUCUAUUGUAUUCAAUCAACUUUUAAUAUUUGCAAAAUCUAAUUAUAAUCAAAACUAACUUUAAUUGUACAAUUUUUAGGCUAAUAAAUUAGGCAGAAAAAGCUUUAAAAUAAUUAUAUAAAGCUAGUUCGAACAUAAAAAUUUAAUAAUAAAUAGGAUUAAAUAUACAUUUAUUUACUUUCACUUGAUAAAAGUUUUAUAAUAAAUAAUUAAGCAACAUAAAUUUUGAAUAUUCUUUAUCAAAAAUGGCUUAAAUAGCAUCAGGUGUUAAUGAAAUUAAAUCUAAUUUAGGAGAUAUUAGAAAACUUAUUAAUUAAAACGCUCAAUAUGAUCAAAAAAAAGAAUACCAAGUAUAAGUGACUAUUAUUGAAGCAAGAGGAUUAAUAGCUAAAGAUGCUGAUGGGUCAGAUCCUUAUGUUAAAAUAUUUGUUGGCAAACUUCCACCUUAAGUCACAAAUACAAAAUCCAAUGCCUCAACUGUAGUGUUUAACCAAUCUUUCACAUUCAAAGAUUUAUUCUUAAACCAAAUUGAGCUAGAAAAUCAAGAAAUUACUUUAUAAGUUAUUGAUUAAAAUUAAUUCGCUACAAACCCUUUAAUUGGGUAGCAGUCAAUAGGGCUUUCAACUCUUUAUAGAAGUAAUAACCAUGAAUUUUUCAAGACUUGGCUAACUCUGAUCCACCCUGAUCAAGGAAUUGAGCCUUAAGGAUACCUUCUUGUUUCCUGCUAUAUAAUAGGUACAGAAGAUAGACCUCCUGUUCAUGAUAUUAACGAGGCAAAGGAAGAUGACGAUGAUGGAUGUAGUUUUUUAAAUAUACCAGAUGAGGAGCUUAAUGAUGAGUAGAGAAAGAAAAAAGCUAUUUGGAAAUAACCUGUAGUGCCAAUUAAUAUGCCUCUAAACAAGAGAGAAUAGUAUUAGUUAUUAGUUUCAAUUGUAAAAGGAGAAGACCUUCCAAUUUUGACUGGUUCUACUUGUGACUCGUUUAUAGCAUGCAGAGUAGGUAGUAAUGUUUUAAGAACAAUGACUGUUAAAAACUCGUAAAAACCGAACUUUUAAACUAAAAUGGUUUUUCCUGUUUUCUUUCCAGUUUAUAAUGAUAAGAUAGUUAUCAGAGUUUGGGAUAGUAGAACUUUGAGAUCUGAUAAUUUUAUUGCAGCUAUUCCAGAAAAACCCAAUGAAAAUGACUGGUUCAAUAUAAAUACAUUGCAUUCAAGAGGUGGUACCAUGAGUUUUAGAUGGUUUCAUUUAUAUGGAGUACCCUUACCAGAAAGACCAGAAGGAAUGAUUGAUGAAGUUGUAAAAAAGCUUACUAAAUAAGUUGAAGGUACUAUGUACAUGGGUAGAAUUUUAUUGUCUUUAUCUUUAUCUCCUAAUGAAAAAGCUGAAUUAGGCUUAUAGUCUUUGGGUGGAUAUAAAGAACCUCCUAUCCUAAAAUAUAUUAUCAGAUGUGAUACAUUUGAAUUAUAAAGUUCAUUUGAUUGUGGUUAAUACAUUAUGAUAGAAAUAAAUUUUGGUGGAUAAGUGAUACGAAGCAAUCUUUGCUAAAAAAGAGUAGAUAGCCAUGAAAAAUAAAAAAACAAUUAACAGUCGUCGAGAACAAGAGAAUUAAAUUAGUACAUUUGGAAAGAUUCUAAAUCACAAAUAAAGGAUGAAUUAUAAAUUGAUAUACCGUUUGAUCAAUCUCAGCAGCCUGAUGUUAUUGUAUCCCUUUAUUCAGUAACUCCAAACAAAAAAACUUUAGAUUAUGAUGUUGGUGAUAUGAAAAGAUAAGCUUAUAUCAGAAUAAAGCCAACUUCAAGAGAAUUAGAGCACGAGUAACCUAAAUGGUACUAGUUAAAACCUGUAAAAUAUAAAACUAUCUAAGAAGUUCAUUCUCACUUACUAAUGAAUGUAGAACUGAAAACAGAAAUGGUAGCUAAAUAAAAAACUCGCCAUCCAAUUAAAAGGAGUUUAAAAUAAAUGUACUAGUUCAAAGGAUAUUUAUGGGGAGGCUAUGAUUUACUUCCUUCUCAUCAUUCAGAUGAUACAUGUAUAAAAGCUUAAUUAUAAAUUGGUACUCGUAUCAUUGAUGUUGUUACAGGAAGAAAGGGUAAAAAUGUUAUUUGGAAUCAUUCUCUCGAGUUUCUAAUAGAGCUUGAUGAAAAAUUAGAAUUCUCUUCAAAUAUUUUAGUUUCUUUUUACAAUAAAAAAUCUUCAGAUGAAGAAUUCAUAGGUCAAAUUGCUAUAAAAGCAGUUGCUUGUGAAGUAAAAAUUGAUAAUAAACAAAUAAACAUUCCACCUCCUAAGCCUAAAUAUUAAUUUUAUCACAUUGUUUAAGAAGGCAAAUCUAAUGGAAGAAUAUUAGCCGCCUUUUAGUUAUAAAGAAGUGAAAAAACUUUUAAUCAAAAUAAUGAUGUUAAUGAGCCUAAAUAUGAUAAAAUUCUAAAAGACUAAGAUUUUAAAUAUGUUUAAGUAAAAUUCCCGUUGAUAGGAGUAAGAAAUUUACCUGAAGGAAUAAGGGAUCCUGAAUUUGUAUUUCGUAUACCUCAACCCGAUUUAAAAUUUGUAAUUACCUUAGAGGAAAGAAAGCAAAGAAAGGAAUUAACUAGAAAUUAUUAUUAUGAGAAGAUUAUUACCUUAAAAAAUAAUGAGGAAGAAUAGGAAUAGGCUGAGUAGAAAAAAACUAUAGGAGGAAAGAUUUUUACUAUGAUUGCUGAAUAGCAAAAAGUAGCUUUAAAAAAUAUUAAUUUUUGCACAAUCUUAGAAAAUGAUAUUUCUGAAUGUCUCAAGAUUCCAGUAGACUUACAAUUUACCCCUAUUUUAGAACUUGAAAUAAGAGACAGAGCGGCUGCCAUAAAAACAGUGAGAUACCAUAGCAGCAUAAGUUUAAUUGAUUAUAUUCCAUGGGGAGAUGUUGGCACUAAGAAUGCUAAAAUAGAAUUUUUUGAGAUAGGCAAAUUAAAUUUAAUGUUGUUAUAAGAUGAAGAUUAAGAUGCUGUACAAAAUUAAUUCAAUGAUGAUGAUGAAGGGGAUAAUGAAGAUGAAUAAGAUUCUCGUGAAAACGAUUUUGAUGAUAAUCGAGAUGCAAAUUUAAUAUUCACUGAGUAGUUCAGAGAAGAAGUAGAUUAGUAAAAUUAGAACAGUGAUGAUAAAAGGCGUCUUUUAAGCAAUAAAAAUUUAGAUAAAUUAGAUGGAGAUGAUUAGCCUUAGUCAUUAAAAAAUUUGCAAAAUCUAGAUAGCUUAUCUAAAGCUGAUUAAAAAUCAUAAUUUGAUUUGAAGAGUGAAAGUAAGAGUCGUGCAACUGGUAAAACAAAAACUAGUAAAAAAUCUACUUCAUCUACAGCAAGAAAGUUAUUAUUAUAAUAAAAAUUAUUUGAAAGUACUCAAACCUUUUUUAAUGCUGAAUUUAACCCAUCUGUUGAGUUUACUAAAUCAUUGAUUGAUGAAGCAAACUUUAAACUUGAAAGAGAACAAAAAAUCUAAAAGUUAGCUGAUUUAGUUUUUGAAUUAAAAAAAAUGAAAAAAAAAGAUGAAGGCAGAGAAAAGCAAUUACUUAGAGAAAUCGAAGAUUUAAAGAAUUAUUUAGUAAAGGAAAAUAUUUUCCUAGAAUAAGGUGAUGAUGGAGCUUAAGAAAAUUUUGAUUAUGGUAGAGAAAUAGUGAGGGUACCUCUUUAAGAUUAGUUAGAAAAAGGUCUACCUUAUAAAAAAUUCAGACUUUAUAUGUACGGAAACAAUACACAUGAUAUAGGCAUUCCUACAGCAGCAGUAAUAAAAGCUCAUUUAAAAGUUUUAGAGCAUGAUAUAGAGAUAAUAAAACAAAGAAAAACCUAAAUUAGAGAAACUCUUAAAAAUAAAUCUAAUAGAAGCUCUAUGAGUCUGAGCAUGAGAUCUUCCAUUUAGUCUAAUACAUUUAAAAGUUCUAGAAAAACUAGUAGAAGUUAAAAAUUAGGUGAAAACAAACCACUUGUAAGUUACGAAUGUGAAGGAGACGACUAAAGAUUCCCAUUUGACAUAUUUAAAAAAACAUUUUUAGAAUUCUUUCAAAAACAAUUUGAACUUAAAACAAGAGUUUAUUUACUACGUUGUACAAAUAUUAGUGCAUAAGCUUCCAAAAUAGAGGCAUAUCAUCUUUUGGCAGGAGAAGCUGCUGUUUGUUCUGCUUCGUCUUACCCUUGGGUCAUUGUAGGAGAUGGUGAAAAUAGAGGUAAAAAUAUUAUUAAAAACAUAAAAGAUGAUGCAAAUAUAGCUGUCGAUACUCUUAAUCCUGAAUUCUUUAAAAUGUAUGAGUUGGAUGCUACUCUUCCUGAAGAUUGGAAUCUAGUUGUUAAAAUAAUGAAUAAAGGUACCGCCAUAGAUGCCCUAAUAGGUUAGUUUGAAAUAGAUCUAGAAGAUAGAGUUCUAGGCCAAAAAGAACUAAGGAGAAGGAUAGCUUAUUAAACAUACAUAGAAUAUUUUAGAGAAAAGUGUGAGCAGUAUAAGUAUAACUAUGAAAUAGGAGACAAAAAGAAAAAUUAUGAAAUCAAAAUUAAUGAACUCAUUACAAAAAUAGAAGCACUUGAUAGAAAUCUAAAGCUUCCAGUUGAAUAUUUAGAGUUAAAACAUCCCGAAAAAAAUACUUGCCAAGGAACGAUUGAGUUUUUCCUUGAACCUUUCCCAUUCGAUGUUGCAAGAAUAAUUCCACCUUCUACUAUUGAAAAACCCUAACCUAUGGAGUUUGAAAUUAGACUAAUUAUUUGGGAAACAUUUGAUAUUCCUAUUUCUAAUCCAAUAUAAAAAAGUACAGUAGAUAUAUUUUUGACAGUUUCUUUAGAUUCCACAGCUAACAUUAAAGGAGAAGAAAUAGUAAAAGAAACAGAUGUUCAUUUUGGGUCUGAGAAUGGAAACGGUGUUUUUAAUUACAGAAUGGUCUUUCCACUAGUUAUUCCUUGCUCAUUUCCUCGUCUCAGAUUACAAGUUUCAGAUUUUUCUACAGUGGGUUCGAAUGAAAGUUUAGGUGAAACUGUUAUCACAUUAAGAAAGGCUCUUAAAAAACUGAAGGAGGGUAUAGUAUUUUAAAUGCCAACAACUAAGUUUAAAUUUGAGCAUCCUAACUACCCAGGACAAGAUAGAGGAUGUGUAUCAAUUUCAAUGAAGAUUAUAAAUAAAUAGGCAGCAGAGUCAGAUCCUGUAGGUGAAGGAUAAAAUGAGCCAAAUAAAGACCCUAUUCUUGAGAAACCUAAAGAAGGUAGAAAUGUUGGUGAUUUCCUAAAAGGAACUGCCCUAGAUUUUUCAGCUUGGAGUUUUUUUGGUUUAACUGCGUUAAAAUACUUUGCAGGUAUUUUCGUUUCUAUUGUAACUAUGAUGAUUCUAUUUGUUAAGCCAGGUAUAUUAGUAAAUUGAAUAAGAUAAUUAAUUGUAUUAAACGUGUAACAAAUAUAUAAAAUUAUACUUUUCAUUUUAUUUUUAUUUAUUAUUGAAGAAAUUCUUAGUAUAUAAAAUAAAUAUUGAAUAAUUUAUAUUUAAUUUUAAGCAUACUUUCUUUAAACUUAAUACUUAUUAAAUAGGAAUUUUGGUACAUUGAAAAUAUUAAAGAAACUACUUAAGAAACUAAUAUCUUCUCAAUAAUUAUAUAAUUAUUAUAAAUCUUUAUUUAUAUUACAUAUCAAAUUUAACUUUUUUUAUAAA